AUGGCCAAGCGAGUCCAGCGCCUGCUUUCCGAGGCUAUGAUCCUCGGCGCCCCUGAAGAGAACUUCCUGAGCAAGAACAUCGAGGAAAAGAACGGCAAGGAGACCCAGGGCGAGAUUGACGAGGACGACAACGAAACUGCUGAGGAUAGCGAUGAGCCUGCAGCCGUUGUCAACGAGGAGGUCGCGGUCGAGACAGGCGCCACCAGCUCGGGCGAGAAAGACCUCGACGAUCUAAUGAACGAGGACUUCUGA